CAAACUCAAACGACACUGGAGUUUGUUGUCAGAAACGUCGAUUCUAGCGUUUGUAAGCAGCAGGUGAUAUAGCAAAAAAAUCAUCAAACGACACUGUUUUAUGAAAAAUAAUUAGCUAAUUAUAACUCGUCUGGGAACUUUGGAUAUACGGAAACAUUUUAAUGACCGACAGUUUGCUUAUCGUGCGUAUUUGAAGCCAGGAAGAGCGCUAGGUAACGGUGUCUUAACGAUGUGGAUAAUGAGUUGGCCUUGGUAACCAAGCAGCUGACAAACCACCCAGUGAAUUUGUAAACAAUGCCUUGUGUUGCACAUCAAGUUAUUAUUAUUAUUAUUAUCUAUUUGUGCUGAACGUUACUGUAUUUGAGGACAGUUUGCUAGCUUACAAGGCAGUUGAGCUAGUUAUUUUAUGAGGGAGUUGUGCUUGUCCAUCACCUGAAGAUGACUUCCGCAUUGGAUGACCCAACCCUGGAGAGGCACUUCAAGGGCCACAGAGACACCAUAACAAGCGUUGACUUCAACUGUAACAUGAAACAAAUUGCGACCGGCUCCAUGGACUCCUGUCUCAUGAUCUGGAACUUGAAGCCCCAAAUGAGAGCCUAUCGGUUCGUGGGACAUAAAGACGCGGUGACGUCAGUCCAGUUCUCUCCCUCCGGACACCUGGUGGCCUCAGCUUCCAGGGACAAGACUGUCCGCCUCUGGGUGCCCAGUGUUAAGGGCGAGUCCACGGCGUUCCGAGCCCACACCGGAACGGUGCGUAGUGUCAGUUUCUCCGGUGAUGGACAGACCUUGGUCACCGCGUCCGAUGACAAAACUCUCAAAGUCUGGACCGUUCACCGACAGAAGUUCCUUUUCUCUCUCAACCAACACAUCAACUGGGUCCGCUGUGCCAAGUUUUCACCAGACGGCAGGUUGAUAGUAUCGGCCAGUGACGACAAGAGCAUUAAGAUCUGGGACAAGACGAGUCAGGAGUGUAUCCACUCAUUCUAUGAACAUGGAGGGUAUGUGAACUAUGCCGACUUCCAUCCCAGUGGAACAUGCAUUGCUGCUGCUUGCACAGACAACACUGUCAAGGUCUGGGACAUCAGGACCAACAAAUUACUGCAGCAUUACCAAGUUCACAGCGGAGUGGUGAACAGUCUAUCCUUCCAUCCAUCUGGUAACUACCUGAUAACAGCCUCUAAUGACUCCACUAUGAAGAUACUGGACCUGCUGGAGGGACGGCUGCUCUACACACUGCACGGACACCAGGGCCCAGUCACAUGUGUCACGUUCUCCAGGACCGGAGACUACCUUUGCCUCAGGAGGAUCUGAUGAACAGGCUAUGGUGUGGAAGACUAAUUUUAAAUCAACUGACUACGGAGAAGUUCUACAGCAGACGGAGACCUGCGUCGACCUUGGAGGAGGCGGAGCAGCUGCAGGAGGAGGAGCUGCAGGAGGAGCAGCUGCAGGAGGAGGAGGAGGUACAGGAGGAGGAGCAGCUUUCCCUGGAGACUCCAGGAAGUCCUUGCUCCAUAGGCAGGUAAACUACCAUAUACCACGGAAUGUUUGGAAUGUCCCUCUGAUUUUUUGGGGGGGAAUGUUCGCGGGAUGACUCUGUGACAGGAUGUAAUUGGUUCCAGGCCCAAAGCUAGGACUGCAUCCCAAAUUAC